GCCGCUAGCGGCGGCGGCGGUGAGGGCCGCAGUCGCUCUGCUGGUCGCGCAGCGAGCCGCUCUGGCGGCGGCGCCGCCGCCGGUAGGAAUUCUGGUGGAGGCGGCGGUGGUGGUGGUGGCGGGGGUGCAGGUGAUGCGCCGCUGUGUCCCCUCCACAACCUUCCAUGCCGUCGGGUGGUAUCUCAAAGCUCGGCAAACCCCAACCGUCCGUUCUUCAAAUGCGGCCAUGCGGAUAGGGCGGAGCAGGACGCGUGCGGAGUGUUUGUGUGGGAGGACCAAUGGGACGGAUCUCGCAUUGCACCGUCUCGUAACGGUGGCGGUGGCGGUGGAGGCGGCGGCGGCGGCGACGGUGGCGGUGCGCGUGGGGGUGCGGGAGGGUACGGCAAUAGUGGCGGUGGCGGAGGCGGCGGAGGCGGCACGUUUGCGUCUGCUACCGGUGUGACGUACGGCGGUGGCGGAGGCGGCGGUGCUGUGUGCUAUCGGUGCCAGCAACCCGGCCAUUACGCGCGUGACUGUCCCAAUAGUUGAGGUGUACGGCUGAUGGGAUAAAGGCACGCUUGCAUAUCUGCAUGUUUGCAGGGCACAUGGGCGCUGCCCUCUCUAGGAGUCGUGGGAAACUGAUUGCAUGGGAAAGGGAGGUGAGGCAGCCAGGUAUGCAUGCAUGGGAGGGCGAGGGGAAACAACGAAUGCGGGCGGCCGACGUGAUCCAUAGGACCACACACGACGUGUUGAUGUGUAAGGAAUGGAAUAGCAUGUUACAAGCUUUCAACAGUACCGGCGAUGGGCAUGUUGGAUGGGAGUUAAGAGAACGAAGGGCAUGGGAGGAGAGAGACUGUGUGUUUUCGAAGUGCAUGGGAUUUUGGCGGCGUUGGCUGUCGUACAGAGACCGGUAGGAUGUGAGCGUGGGGUAUGACAUCAUGCGUCGUGAAACUACGAAGUGCACGGCCACGUGGUUUGCCUGGGUUGGGGUUCUGACUGGAUGACAGCAGGAGUGGAUAACCGCGGGAUGCGGAGGAGAGACGCAACGGGAGUCAUACUCUACGUUUGCGAGGUGAUUUUGGGAACGCGUGCGAAAGUUGCGAACCAUUCCCCAUGGUAUGAUACAUUCACGCUGCUUGCGGUAUUGGUAUGUAGAUAUAGCAGUUUUUGGCCUGCCAUUGAUUUCAGGCGCUCCGCGAGGCCGGCGCCGUGGAAGCCUUGGGGAUACACCGGGCGAUGGAAGGAUUCACCCGCAAGCGUUCAUACGCCUUCUAAGCCAUUUUACAAA